AAGUCUUCGAGAUUUUACCCACAAACCAUUGAAUUGUUCAAAUUACCUACAUCCGCUUCCGCUACAGCCUCUUUCUCGCAAGUCCAACCAUGGUGUUAAGUGAGUUCCGCUUCGUAGAAAUCGGGCGGGUGGCCAUAUUUGCCUACGGUCCUGAUAAGGGAAAACUAUGUGUCAUUGUAGAUAUUAUUGACCAAAACAGGGCACUAGUAGAUGGACCAGGCACAGGUGUCAAUAGGAAACAAGUCAACUACAAGGCUCUACAACUCACACAAUUUAAGUUAGAUAUCGGCAGGUCUAUGCGCACUGGCAACCUCCUCAAGGUCUGGAAUAAAGAAAAAGUGCAGGCCAAAUGGGACCAGACAACCUGGGCAAAGAAGAUCGUCAACAAAGCUAAAAGGAAGACAUUGUCAGACUUUGACCGAUUCAAGCUUAUGAAGGCGAAACAGGCAAGAAACCGCUUGAUUACCGUCGAGUGUGGAAAACUGAAGAAGCAGGCCAAGAAAGCACCAGCAAAACCCAUGAGGGUCAGGAAGCGCAAGAGUUAAACUUGUGUUGUACUAAGGACUUGUAAAUUAAAGAUGCUGGUGUAACAUCA